AUGGCGACUGAUGGAUCUGAAACUAAUAAUGAUUCUCAUCUGAACAAUGGUGAAAAUGGAGGUAAUCUUGAUCCUUAUUUCAUAGCAAAUUCAGAUAGUCCAACUGCUUCUCUGGUUUCUGUAGUUUUUAAUGGCAUGAAUUUUAUGCGAUGGAAGAGAAAUGUUAUGAGAGCGUUAGUUGCUAAGAACAAAGAAGGAUUUGUAAAUGGUGGAAUACUGAAAUCUGCUGUGAAUCACAAAGACUAUCAUAAGUGGAAACGUGCUGAUUUUAUGGUAGUAAGCUGGAUUCUGAGUUCUAUGAGCAAUGAAUUAGCUGAUGAUUUUGGUUAUAUUGAUAAUGCUGUGGAAUUGUGGAAGGAAUUGAAUGAAAGAUUUGGACAGUCUAAUGGUCCUCUGAUCUAUCAGCUGAAAAAGGAAAUUGAUAGCUUAAAUCAGGAGAACAUGACAAUUGUUACCUAUUAUGGUAAACUGAAGAAACUAUGGGAUGAGAUGCAAAGUUUGAGAGCUUUUCCUACAUGUGUGUGUGGAGCAUUGAGUAGCUGUAGUUGUUAA